GUGUCCCUGGAUCCAAAUUCCCAGACAAUGACGAGGUUCUCAUCUUACUCAGUUGCACAAGACAUUCUGAUCUUACAAUUGAACUGAAGAGGCUUACGGAGGGAAGAAGACGACCGUGGAGGUCAUUGGCCUCCUCACUGGUUGCUUCCGCCAUUUGAAGUCCCCUUACUGGCAUGGUGAAAACAUAUUGUAUGUGCAAAGAGUUUUGGGGUAAGCUCUUCACGUCUGGCAAGAGUCCAGAACCUGCGUCUCAGAUCGCAAUGGAACCGCAAUACAACAUACCAAAGCUAGUCGCGACAGACAUCCGCACCCAGAUUCCAAAUGACAUUGUGGACAACGUCAUGUCGCGGCCACCCUUUGUCGCUAUCCCGGGAGUUGUCAAUGCCCGCGACAUCAGCGAGCACGCCAGUGGCUCAUCCCAGUCACCAGUUCGCCCGGGCUUUGCUUACCGUUCGGGAGCUCUAGAAAAAGUCUCUCCGGAAGGCAGAGUAUUUCUCAUUCGCCAGCUCGGUAUCAGUGUCAUCUUCGACCUACGCCAUCAAGGGGAGCGCAUGCAAUCUCCCAGCCCUGAUAUUGAGGGUGUUCAAACAGUUUGGGCGCCGUAUACAUGUACCCCGGUUCCGGUUGAUCCUAGGGACUUUGCCCAUGGAGACGAAGGAGCCAGUGGGUAUGCGAAGAUGUAUUUGGAAAUCAUGAAGGUUUCUGCACCGAUCUUCCAAAAGGUCUUUGAACAUAUUCGGGAUGCUCCGCGAGAGCCUUUUCUCUUUCAUUGCUCGGCCGGAAAAGAUCGCUCUGGAGUACUGGCAGCAUUGAUCCUGUGUCUGGCAGGUAGCCCGCGCGAGGCCAUAAUUCACGACUACACACUCACUCGUAUCGGAAUGGAAGCACAUCGGCCAUCCCUGACAAAGAUACUUCAAUUCCAUACAGGUUCCGGGGCCGGACCAGAGAGUAUAGGCAUGUUGCAGCUAUGUAACGUCCGUGCGAAUGCCAUGGUGGGAUUCUUGCCGGCGAUAGAAAACUCCUUUGAGGGGGGCGUUGAGGGGUACUUGAGGAGUCACCUGGGAUUCAAUCAGAGAGACCUGGACAUUAUGCGUGCGAAUUUGAAGGUACCAACCUUCAAUUAAUCAAAGAUCGAACAUAGGAACAGAAAUAUAUCUCGGACUGUUAUAGAAGCCGUAGAAUCCCAUUCGGGUAAUUGACGACCUUCCGCCAAUCGGCAGAAAAAGUUCCAGGA